GAACUGGGUACGAGUUGACCAUCAUGAAAGCUGAGGACUGCAGUUUCAAUUUCGUUUCAAGAGUUGUAACACACACAUUGCCCGACGCGGUGGCUAUAGUGAGUAGUUAGUUGGUGGCUUUAGUGAGUAGUUAGUUGGUGGCUUUAGUGAGUAGCUAUUCAAUGCCUUUGGUGAGUAGCUAUGUGAUAUCUUUGGUCAGUAGCUUCUAAAUGCAUUAGGCGAGUGGCCAUUUAAGCCUUUAGUGAGUAGCUAUUUAAUGCCCUUAGUAAGUAGUUAUUUAAUGCCUUUAGUGAGUAGCUAUUUAAUGCCCUUAGUAAGUAGUUAUUUAAUGCCCUUAGUAAGUAGUUAUUUAAUGCCUUUAGUGAGUAGCUAUUUAAUGCCCUUAGUAAGUAGUUAUUUAAUGCCCUUAGUAAGUAGUUAUUUAAUGCCUUUAUUGAGUAGCUAUUUAAUGCCCUUAGUAAGUAGCUAUUUAAUGCCCUUAGUAAGUAGCUAUUUAAUGCCCUUAGUAAGUAGUUAUUUAAUGACUUUAUUGAGUCGCUAUUUAAUGCCCUUAGUAAGUAGUUAUUUAAUGCCCUUGGUAAGUAGUUAUUUAAUGCCUUUAGUGAGUAGCUAUUUAAUGCCUUGAGCGAGGAGCUUUUUGAUGCCUUUGAAGAAUAGUUAUAGAGCAAUGUUUGUAUUAAACGUUUACCACUUUGUCUAGAGUUGAUUUAGCAAACAUGUGGCUUUUCUGUUGAUUUGGGUAAAGUGUCCAGACUUGAGUCUUCAUGACCCUUCUUGCUCUGCUUUUGGCAGGCUGAUCUAGAGGAUGAGAUUGUGUUUCGCAUCCCCGAGGACAAGAUCUCACCCAUGUCCAAACUCCUCAAGAUCCUUGAAAACCAGAAAGAGGAAAUGCACAUACAUUCGCAUUACCUCAAAAGCACCACCCUUGAAGAUGUUUUCAUCAGGUGCCUUGUGUUUGAGCGUGUGUUUUUUUUUGUUUUGUUUUUUUUAAAUUUUUAACCAAGAAAUAUUCUUUAAAUUUAUAUUCACGACACAUUAAGUUAAAUUUACACUUUUUAGGACAAGUUAAGAAGCUGAUCAAUUCAAAUGGAAUUACUUUUGUUUUGGCUAUAUUUAAAAAAAAAAAACACCAAAAAAAAAUAUAUAAGACUAAAAAAACACUCUCUUAGUUUCAAUGACAUAGCUGACUCGCUACUUGAAACUUUACAUUAAGUAAACUAAGUACGAUGCUUACAGUAUAAUAAGAAAUACACUAGUGCACUAAUGUUCCCUCUAAGGUUUGUUGGUUCGUGUGCAAAAUCAUAAAGUUGUGUGCAAAUUUUUACAGCAUCAAUUUUUUUGUGCGCAAAAUUUUACAACCUACAGACACAAACACACACUUAAAUGGAAAUUAGCUGCGCGGCACUCAAAACUGCUGCGCUGCGUCUGUAAGAUCACUGCGCGGACGCGCGGACGCGCAGCCGCGCAGCUUAAAGGGAACAUUGGUCGGCACCCAAUUUGCGGCCCGCACAGUAACGGCACAUUCUUAUUAUUAAAAUGUUCUUUAUAUUUUUCCCCCCUGUUCUAUUUUAUUUCUGCUUGCACACGUUUUUCAUUAAGUAUUACGGCCCGCCUUACAUUUGGAGUUGUGCAGGCCUGCAUUGGAGGGUUAUUUUUUAAACAGUCGAAAGUCGUGUUUAAGGGAAUUGAUCGUACUUGUGCUUUCAAUGAACUAGAUAAUCGGAUCACUGGUUCUUAGAGGAGUCCUGGUUCCCUGGUUCUUAGGGCAGCCCUUGUUCACUGGUUUUUAGAGCAGUUCUGCUUCACUGGUUCUUAGGAAAGUCCUUGUUCACUAGUUUUUAGGGCAGUCCUGGUUCACUGGUUUUUAGAUAAUUCCUGGUUCACUGGUUCUUAGGGCAGUGCUGGUUCACUGGUUCUUAGGAAAGUCCUGGUUUACUGGUUCCUAGGAGAGUCCUGGUUCACUGGUUAUUAUGGAGGUCCCGGUUCACUGGUUCCUAGGAGAGUCCUGGUUAUCUCCAUUCUGAAAAAGUUCAGGAAUGGAGUCCUCGAAAUCUACACUAAGAUUUGAUGAGAAUAUAUGUAUUAAAUGCAUCUCUGUCAAAUAUUACAGGGUCUGUAAGGAGGCGGACCAAGUGGGAGACGAUUUUGAGAGGUAAGAUGCCAAGAAAAUGAAGGUAAGGUGUGCAAAACGAAGGUAAGGUGUACAGUUUGAAGGUGAGAUGUACAACAUCACAGCGGUGGUGUACAGUGGGGGAACACGUUAAAACGAAACAUCGCCACAUCAUCAUUACUGAAGCACGCAUAGCACACAGAGCUGAAGCUAUGUAUCUGGAACACCUUCAACUGAAGCACGCAUAGCACACAGAGCUGAAGCUAUGUAUCUGGAACACCUUCAACUGAAGCACGCAUAGCACACAGAGCUGAAGCUAUGUAUCUGGAACACCUUCAACUAAAGCACGCAUAGCACACAGAGCUGAAGCUAUGUAUCUGGAACACCUUCAACUGAAGCACGCAUAGCACACAGAGCUGAAGCUAUGUAUCUGGAACACCUUCAACUGAAGCACGCAUAGCACACAGAGAAGCACGCAUAGCACACAGAGCUGAAGCUAUGUAUCUGGAACACCUUCAACUGAAGCACGCAUAGCACACAGAGCUGAAGCUAUGUAUCUGGAACACCUUCAACUGAAGCACGCAUAGCACACAGAGCUGAAGCUAUGUAUCUGGAACACCUUCAUACCCAGAAGCCUAUAGUCUUGAAUGCAGUCCUUUAAUUUAUAUUUUUAGUACCGACAGUUCAUUUUUUUUACCGACAUUCAUCGCAAAAUGUUUAGUUUUUGUUGUUGUUCUUCUUCUUCUUCCUAAGUAACACGAGCAUUAACUUGGGCGCACCAUUAAAGUGUUAAAAUAAAUUAUAUAUGUUGAGUGGUCAUUAUUAUUUUUGAGAAGAAAAAACAAGAUUUUUUGAAGCAGAGACGUAGAUAAGCGGGGGCGGGGGAAUAUGUCCCUGGGCGCCAGACUAGUUAGGGGCGCGAAAAUGUGCUUUGAUAUUAUGUUAUUGAUAAAAAUAAUGGGUUUACGAGUUGAAAAAUAGAAAGUGAGGCGCUUUAAAUGAAACUUUUACCCGGGCACCUAACACCUUAGCUACAAUUCUGAUUUGAAGACGCGUUUAAUUAUCUGUAGCGUUUCUUUUUUAGCCCAGACAGUUCCGAGAAACAGGAGAAAUUUUCAAAAUUUGAAAGAGGGACAGCGAUUACAGAAUCUUCUGUUGAUAAAAGUAAGUUGGCGGUUGCACUGAAAUAGAAUACAUCGGCUGCAGAGUGACGUCUUUUUUGGACAUUCUUCUAAUUGGUAUCUCUGGAAGAAUGAUUGAUGGAAGGGUAAAAUUUAAAACGCCAUUACAUUUAAUUUUCAACCCAUUAUUGGUUAUUGUAAAUCAUCACAUCAAAAUAGUUCCAACUGCAAAGUAUCGUUAACGGUGUGCUGAAAAAUAACAGCUUUUUAUCGUUAAAUCAAAAAAAGCUGAUAUCGACAAGUUAUCACUUAGUCCAAGUCUUUACGAUAAAUUACCGGUGGCUUGUACACGAUAAUAUAUCGUUUUCUGUAGGUAUUUUUAUGAUAGAUUUCUAAGAGUGUGGAGAUGUGGAUUUAAGAAGUUCUUCCAGAGAUAAAUUACCGGUGGCUUGUACACGAUAAUAUAUCGUUUUCUGUAGGUAUUUUUAUGAUAGAUUUCUAAGAGUGUGGAGAUGUGGAUUUAAGAAGUUCUUCCAGAGAUAAAUUACCGGUGGCUUGUACACGAUAAUAUAUCGUUUUCUGUAGGUAUUUUUAUGAUAGAUUUCUAAGAGUGUGGAGAUGUGGAUUUAAGAAGUUCUUCCAGAGAUAAAUUACCGGUGGCUUGUACACGAUAAUAUAUCGUUUUCUGUAGGUAUUUUUAUGAUAGAUUUCUAAGAGUGUGGAGAUGUGGAUUUAAGAAGUUCUUCCAGAGAUAAAUUACCGGUGGCUUGUACACGAUAAUAUAUCGUUUUCUGUAGGUAUUUUUAUGAUAGAUUUCUAAGAGUGCGGAGAUGUGGAUUUAAGAAGUUCUUCCAGAGAUAAAUUACCGGUGGCUUGUACACGAUAAUAUAUCGUUUUCUGUAGGUGUUUUUAUGCUAGAUUUCUAAGAGUGCGGAGAUGUGGAUUUAAGAAGUUCUUCCAGAGCAUCCGCACAAGUUUAUAUUUUGUUUGUUUGUUGAUACUCUGACCGAGUCUUCAAAGAUGAAGUAGUUGAAAAAGGGCAAUGCAGUCCUCAAAGGAUUUAGAAGAGUAGAGCUGUGGCUGUCGGUAGGUUUAAAGUAGUUGAGGUGAGUAUUCCCCAGGCCGUUCAUGUUAAAAUGUUCAUGGUGAAAUCUCGCAUCUCAAUUUACUCUUCCCCCCCCCCCUGUUCCUGAUGUCCAGUUGACCUGAGUCUUUUUCCAUCUACCCACCCCCGAUGACAAUGCAAUCCUCUAUGAUCAGUACGUCACCAAUGACUUCCAGUGACUCUUGAGCGAUUGCUCUCUGCGGGUCUUUCUGAUCUCCAGUUGAGCUAAAACUAUGUACAAUAGAACUAAAAAUUGAACUAAAAUAAAUAUUUAAACAAAAAUAAAGGUGUUUUUUUUCUGUUUGUUUAAAACGUGCUUUCCCUAAAUGUACUAAAAAGAAUAAAAGAAAUGUUCCACAAAACUUAAAUGAAAUAACAAAACGAGAGAUGUGGAAGGUUGACUUUAAGCACAGGAAAAUAAGAUUAAAGCGUUUCAACAUAGAGACUUCCUCAGCUUGAAUGCAGUCCUUUAAUAAUUACACAAAAUUUAAAGAGUUGUUACAGUCGUAUGACUCAAAUGGCGUGAGGCAUCCUUGAAAUACAAUGACGUCGUAUGACUCUUUCUUAGCUCACUCUGUGCGUCUGUUACUUCCCUUGUGAUCAAACCUAGCUUGUCGAUUUCGACCCAUUUACUGAUCUCAAAUUAAGCUGAAAAAUAGAACAUAGAAGUUUGAGGGGGGGGGGGGAGAUUAAUUUUUAAAUUUUUAAAAAUACAUUUUGUAAAAGCGGUAUUUAAAAAAAAGUUAAAAUUGAUUUUUUUAAUAUCAACUUUAGUGCAUCAUUCGGGAAGAGCUCACGAACCAGAUACCAAAGAGUACGAAGAGCAGUUCUCUUUUGAGAAGUGCACGGGGUUACGGCUCAUCCAGCAGCAGCUGCGCGGGAUUGUGUACAAGAAGAUGACG